AUGUUCAUUCAAAUUGCCCGUGUACAAAAGCCUGCCCCACCCUUCCGAGCACCUGCGGUUGUGGAUGGAAACUUUAAAGAUAUUUCCCUACAGGACUACCAAGGACGAUACUUGGUGUUCUUUUGGUAUCCUAUGGAUUUUACAUUUGUAUGUCCUACAGAAAUUAUUGCCUUUUCUGAUCGUAUAGAUGAAUUCAGAGAACUAAAUUGUGAUGUGAUAGCCGCUUCAUGCGAUUCAGAGUAUUCUCAUUUGGCAUGGAUAAAUACAGAAAGGAAAAAGGGUGGUCUAGGAAAGAUGAAUAUACCUAUACUUGCAGAUAAAACAAAAGAAAUUGCCAAAAUGUAUGGUAUCUACAUUGAGGAACAAGGGAUCACGCUUCGUGGCCUCUUCAUUAUCGAUCCAAGAGGUAUAGUUCGUCAGAUCACAAUAAAUGAUUUACCUGUGGGUCGCUCAGUGGAUGAGACCCUUCGACUGCUGGAGGCUUUUAGAUAUACAGAUGAGCAUGGUGAAGUCUGUCCAGUGAAUUGGCAAAAGGGUGAUAAGACUAUCAAGCCAGAUCGGAAACAGAAAUAA